AUGAUCACAUCUCCCACGAGCAGUAACCUGGACAUCCAAUAUUCCCACUCCACCUUAUCCUCGCCCACUACCUCCGAGGCCACUAGUAUCAGCAACUUUUCUCCACCAACUCCUGUCCUUGAUAAUCCUGACCUCCUCCUUCCAGAUGGCAUGGCUCCUUCGACCUCCAAAACGUCGGUUGGAGAGUCCAUCCUGCGUCAAUAUGCCGAACAUCUAGAUCCCAUUGAUGCUGACGGCCAAACACACGCUGUGCGCAGUUUGGUCCAUGCAGAGCCCGAUCUCGUGAGCGAGAAAGCCGCCAGCAGCGACAACGCGUCCCCCAACGAUCCUCUGAAGACCUCGUAUAUUGCGCACCACCCUACCGUUCCCGUGCCAAAGCCGCUGCUGCUGCCGAAAUCUCUGCUCACCCACCGCAAGAACCCAAAGUCUAUAGAUAUACCAAGACAAACAAUCAUGAAGGCUCUGGUCUCACGGCGGCCCAGUGCGGGGCCCAAUACGGCACCAUUGGCCGCGAAUGCUCUCAGGACAGCUACCAGCGACGUGGAAUUGGAUCAACAAAGAAGCUACACUGGUUCACCAUCAUUGACGGCUGCCUUUGCUGGUCUCCAGGCCGGCACGCUGUCAACAUACUCGCCUACGUCGACGAGUUUUCUUCGAUCGCCAUGUUUCUUCCACCAGCGGUUUGACGGGGUCGUGGACAUUCAAAAGGUCCUGGAAGAGAUCGCAGACGACGACUACUCGCAUUCGCGCCUGAUGCAAACCGCAACCGGCGUCAGGGAGGUUUCCAAACAGCUGCAGCGGAAACCGCUGAAGCGAGCCGUGCGCAAUGUCAUGAUUGUGACUAAGGCUCGCGACAAUAGCCUUGUUUACUUGACACGUGAACUUGCUGAGUGGUUGCUCUCCACGCCUCGGUAUGGGAGUGAGCUCGGCGUGAAUGUCUACGUGGAUGCCAAGCUCCGACAUUCCCAACGAUUCGAUGCGGCUGGUUUGUUGAUAAAGGAACCUCGGUUCAGCAAAAUGUUGAAGUAUUGGACUCCAGAUCUGUGCUGGUCAUCGCCGGAGAAAUUCGACCUGGUCCUCACGAUGGGAGGUGACGGGACCGUGUUGUUUACCUCGUGGCUGUUCCAGCGGGUGGUGCCACCUGUGCUUUCCUUUUCUCUGGGAAGCUUAGGUUUCCUGACGAAUUUUGAGUUCGAUAAGUACAAAGAACACCUCGACCGGGUCAUGGGCGACGCUGGCAUGCGAGUCAAUCUUCGAAUGCGAUUCACCUGCACUGUCUGGAGAGCCGAUCGCUCUCCCGGGGCAGUUAAGGGUGCCGUGGAGGAGGGCGAGCAGUUUGAGGUUUUGAAUGAGCUCGUCAUUGACCGCGGCCCCUCGGCUUAUGUGUCCAACUUAGAGCUCUAUGGCGAUGAUGAGCUCCUGACCAUUGUGCAGGCGGACGGGUGUAUCUUUUCCACGCCGACGGGAUCCACGGCUUACUCUCUAUCAGCUGGAGGCUCCCUGAUACACCCGUCUAUUCCUGCCAUCUUGUUGACACCCAUUUGUCCGCACACUCUUUCAUUCCGUCCCAUGGUGUUAUCGGACACUCUUGCAUUGCGGAUUGCAGUCCCCCACAAAUCCCGGUCGUCGGCUUAUUGCUCUUUUGAUGGAAAAGGCCGGAUCGAGUUGAAGCAAGGAGAUUAUGUGACCCUUGAGGCGUCGCAGUAUCCCUUUCCCACUGUCAUGACUGGCACGAAUGAAUGGGUGGAAAGUGUACAAAGGGCUCUGAGAUGGAAUGUCAGAGGCGCAGUCCAGAAAGGAUGGGACAGCGGGGAGGAUGAGGACAGUGACCACGUUGAGGAGAAAUGGGAUAUCGACAUUGACUCGAGCCCUCUUGGAGGGACGGACAGCGGCAUCGGGCCUAGCGAGGAUGGCGACCAUGCGGCAAGCCCGAUGAGGCGCCAGCUGAGCAUGUUGAAUAUGUGA